UUAGCGGCCGUUGAUAUUUCGAAAGAUUCGGCUUAAAGCUAUAUUCUAAUAGUAAUCAAUUUCAUCAUAAUAAUUAUCACCUCUAUAUAUAUAAGUAUAUCAAAGAAAAAAACAGAGUAUGCAGUUUUUCUGCAUUCUCUGAGAUGCCUCCGUGAAAAAAUUUGGGUAAUUUAUUGGGCUUAGGUUUUCACAGAAUUUGAAGCUAUAAACUUUAUUUGGUGAUUGCCAAUAUUUGUUUUUAGAUAAAGGUUUAGAAUAUGGUGAACGUGAAGGGACUUUGGACGAAGAAAACAUUACUGAGUCUUUUGUUGGGCCAAUUUCUGUCCCUUCUCAUUACCGCCACUGGUUUUUCAUCCUCCGAACUCGCUAGAAAAGGAAUCAAUGCACCAACGUCGCAGUCAUUUCUAAAUUACGUGCUGUUGGCAUUAGUUUAUGGAGGCUUUAUGAUUUACAGGCGAAAGCCGCUCAAGGCAAAAUGGUAUUAUUACGUCCUCCUUGGAAUAGUUGAUGUGGAGGCCAAUUUUCUUGUUGUGAAGGCUUACCAGUACACAUCCCUGACAAGCGUGAUGUUGCUGGAUUGCUGGACAAUUCCGUGUGUUCUGCUUUUUACAUGGUUUUUCUUGAAGACAAAAUACAUACCCAGAAAAUUAGUCGCUGUUGCCAUCUGCAUUGCUGGUCUUGUCCUGGUCAUCUUUUCAGAUGUACAUGCCGCAGAUCGAUCAAGUGGUAGCAAUCCUCUCAAAGGGGAUAUACUAGUGAUUGCUGGAGCCACGCUGUAUGCUGUGACUAAUGUCAGUGAGGAGUUUUUUGUUAAAAGUGCUGAUAGGGUUGAACUCAUGGCAUUUCUGGGCCUGUUUGGUGCCAUUGUUAGUGCUUGCCAAAUAAGCAUACUUGAGCGCAAUGAGUUGAAGUCCAUUCGUUGGUCAGCUGGAGCAACACUUCCCUUUGUUGGAUUUGCACUGGCGAUGUUUUUAUUCUACUCAUUUGUUCCCGUUUUGCUGAAGAUGAGUGGUGCCACAAUGCUAAAUCUAGCCUUGCUUACCUCUGAUAUGUGGGCUGUUUUAAUUCGUAUCUUUGCAUAUCAUGAGAAGGUUGACUGGAUGUAUUAUGUAGCUUUUGCUGCUGUUGCUGUGGGACUCCUUGUUUAUUCUGGAGGUGAUAAGGUGGAUCAGAACCUAGCUGAUGUUGCUGAUGAAAGCGUCGGACAAAGCAAGCGGUUUGACGAGGAAGCUGGCCUUGAUAAUCCUGCACAAAAAGAUGGCAGUGUGAGCUCAAAAACUUAAGAUGGUGGGCAAAAUUUUGCAUCUACUAGCAUUACUGAAGCUAGUUUUGCUCAGACAGUGCCCAGAAAAGAAAUAUAGGGAAAUAAAUCUUGAUUGUAGUUUCGAGACUUCCAUUUUUACUUCUCCCUCCCACCCCCUGUCCCUCUCUCCACCAGAGGCGGACCCAGGAUUUGAGCGUGACGGGGCACUAAUAUUUUCACAUAUGCCAAUUAGUAGCGACAAAGUUCGGCGCGCAACUCUUUAAAAACUUAGCAAUUGUGAUAGCUUAUCAUCAAAGUACAAACUCUCAGUUGUUGUCAAAGUCGACAUAUGUUGCUGCUUCGUCGAAAGUGAUUGUUGAAGGGAGAAUGAAGAGUUUGUAUUUUUUGACUUGUUGAGAGAGGAGCUACACCACCCUCUCCAACCCCCUCCCACCCUAAAUAAAAAUAGUAUUGAUAGUACUUUA